AUGAGAAGCUUGACUGAAGUCUUGAGUGUGACUUCUGAGUCCCCGAAGCAGCGGCGCACGACGCCUGUUGAGCGAUUGCCACUGAAGAAAGAACAGCAAGUCGUGGCAGAAAUGAUUUUUGCUACAUUGGAGGCCUUGCGGGGUGAGAAGGGCAGGUCGAUGUCUGCAGAGAGCCGCAAUGAGCGUAUUCAAUCGCUUGAGGAUGUAUCUUUGGAUAUUUUGGAUGCAUGUCUGAGUAGCGCUGAUUUGAUGAAGAUUAAGGCUGUCAUGGCGUCCACUUCAUCGGAGGAGCCCGACCAUAGACCACGUGGGCCGGAUGAUGCAGAGGAGGCGCUGCAGGCGGAGCGUGGUGACGCUGGCCUGCCUGAUGCGCCGCAGGCGGAGCGUGGUGACGCUGGCCUGGAUGAUGCGCCGAAGGCGGAGCGUGGUGACGCUGGCCUGGAUGAUGCGCCGAAGGAAGAGCGUUCAGACGCUGCCCCUCUGGCCAAGGCGGAAGGGGAUUCGGCCCUACCGGAAGUGGCUGCAGGAGACAAGACUGCGCCGCAUGGAGGAGAAGGCGGCGAAAGCCGAAAGAAUCGCCGUGGUGGGUGGCGAACCAAAAGCAACGUGGAUCGGCAGCCGUGCUCAAUCUGUUGGACAAAGGUGUCGAACACAGAACAAGGUUUGACACAACACCAACAGAGCAAGUAUUGCCUGACCUGGCGAUACAGGAAUGAGGGACACUCGAAAUGGGAGGCGGCGGCAAUGGCGGAGAGGCAGCUGGCACAGGGGCUGCCGCUGCCGCCGCCUGUGCCCCCAGAGCGUUCCCGCUCAAGGACGCGCAGGGCUUCGCGCAGUCCGUUAGCCCGCGCAAGGAGCUCCGGCCGCAACACAGCCCGCCGCAGAGGGGAAGCGCGCGAGCGCGCUCUGGAAGAAGCAGAAGAAGAGGCCUGGAGAAGGCGUGAGCGCCGAAGGCAGGAAGAGGAAGAGGCGCGGUUGCGCGCCACGGAAGAAGAAGCAUAUGAGAGGGAAGCGCGCAGAAAAGACAAGGCGCGCGCGCGCGCAAUGGAGGAAGAAGAAGAGCUUGCGAGGCAGGACCGCAGAGAACGCAAGGCGCGUGCGCGCGCCAUGGAGGAAGAAGAAGAGCUUGCGAGGCAGGACCGCAGAGAACGCAGGGUGCGUGCGCGCGCCAUGGAGGAAGAAGAACUGCACAGACAAGAACGGGAAGGUCGUAAGCAGCGCGAGGACCGCACGCGCGCGGUAGAGGAAGAUGAGGAACGGAAAGCGUCCAAACGGCGUGAGUCGCGCGCGCGCGCUGCUGGAACAGACGAUGCACUUUUCGAUGGCAUACCUAUGUGGGAACUGAAGGCAUGCCGCGACCGACUGGUGCGUGAGCGCGCUGGAGAAGACAGCAAAGAGAAGCCUAUGGUUCCAGUGUCGAAGGAAACGACUGCAGCAGCUGCCAAAGCUGGAACUGGGCGCGGCAAGGAGCCAGCUGCCGCGCCGGACAAAGAGAGUUCGUCUUACAGCUACUAUACCAGCAGUUCCGAAGAGCAAGACGGCAACACAGAGGCGGCGCCCGCGCCCGCUGCAGAGAGCAACCAAGCAGCUGCCAAACAAAAGGAGAAGGCGUCCGUGGCUGAUGCCAAGAAAGCCCAAGCUGCGCCCAAGAAAAAAGAUGCGGCGUUCGCGCCGGCCGAACCAAAGCAGGCGGCGGCGGCGCCUACGCUGCCUGGCAUCGAAUUCGUGGAUCGCCUCCUGCAGACUGCGAUCCGUGAGGGUUUGCAAGGCCUGAAAUAG